AUGAAGUUUUCUAGAUCUUCCUCUACACAUCUAACUAAUCUUUCAUUUAGAACUAAUCCUCUUACUACAAUCUAAACUCCUUAGAGCAAUUCCCGUUUGCUUGAGGUCAAUUCCAAAAUUGAUGAUCUCUUAAAAAAAUCUUAAACUAUUUUCACUAAACCAGAAAUCAAGCCUAAAUAAUAAGAUUAGAAAAUAAUAUAAAUCAAUAGUUAUAUGCUAAUACUAGAACAAAUCUAAAGAGAAAAAAAGCAACUCUUAACCUUAUUAUUAUAGAAAGAUGGCAUCAUUAAAGAAUAAUAAAAUAAAAUAAAGCAAUUAGAUUUAUAAAAUAAAAGUUUAGUUAAAUAAUUAAGUUAAUUUAACGAUCUUCAACCUUAAAUACAAUAAUUAGAGGAGUAAUACCAAUUAAAAAUUAAAGAUAAUGAAUAACUGAAAUAUGAAAAGAAUCAAAUCUAAACUUCGCUUAAUUAUCUAAAAUGCUAGAAUUUAUAAAUCAUUAGUAAAGAAAUUCGAAAUUCAUUACAAUAAUUACAUUCAUAAAUAAAGAAAUAUUACAAAACCAAUUACAAAGAUGACUAUUAAAAUAAUUUAUAAUUAAGUCGAUUAUCAUUAAAUAUCAAUGAUUUAGACUUCUAUACAAUCUUAAGAAAUUGUUUGGACAGCAUACUAUAUAUGACUGAAAAUACAAGCAAUUCUAUAGAUAAUUUAAUAAUAAAAAAUGUUGAACCAAGAAUAUUGUCAUUAAAUUAAAAUGAAGGAUAGAAUUGA